GGGCGGGAGCGUGCCCUGGCGGGCGCUGAUUGGCUGCGGGCGGGGUGCUCUGAGGCGGUGUUUGAGCGAGGCGGGAAAGCAGCAGCGGCACCGGCGGGUUUGGGAACCGUCUUUGGGCAGAGCGGCCCCGGGCACCGCGAACGCCAGCGGCAGGACCGGCCCCGUGCUCAGCCCGCGAACACCAGCGACAGGAGAAGCCCCGAGCCCCGCGAACACCAGCGGCAGGAGCGGCCCCGCUGGCUCGGGUAACGCCCUGUGAGUCCCACCUUCCCCUCACGGCCCGGCCCCGCCGCCAUGUCGGUGGAUCCCAUGACCUACGAGGCGCAGUUCUUCGGCUUCACGCCGCAGACCUGCAUGCUGCGCGUCUACACCGCCUUCCAGGACUACCUGUUCGAAAUGAUGCUGGUGGUGGAGGGCGUGAUGCUGAAGAAGCUGGACGGCAUUCCCGACUGCAAAAUCAGCCCUUCCAAGAUCCGCAAAUGCACCGAGAAAUUCCUGCUCUUCAUGAAGGAGCACUUCGAUAAGCUGUUCUCUAAAAUGGAAGAAGUGCUGCUGCAGCUGGUGCUGAACAUCCCCAAGAACGUGCUGCUGCCCGAGGACAAGGUGCAGGAACAGUAUCCCUACAGCGAGGAGGAAUUCCAGGCGCUGCAGGAUGAGCUGCAGCAGCUGCAGCAGCAGUGCAGGGCAGAGGCAGUGCUGGAGCAGGAGCUGCUAGCAGAGCUGGAGGAGCAGAAGGUUGUCAAGGCCGAGCUGGAGAAGAUUUUGCAGUGCUUUGAUGGGCUUGAGAACAUCUGCAGGGAGCACGGCGCCGGCAACUUCAAGGAAAGCUUUGCCCUCCUGGCACAGAGCUCUAAGAAAUUGCAGGAUGUGCUGAAAGAAGUGGAGGAGAAGAGCAAAAAAAUGAACCAGCAUGGUCAGUUAAUGUAAUGGAAAUUCUGAGAAGGCAACAGAUGCCAUGUAGAGAGCUUGCUUAAAAUGACAGGGGUUUAUGUUCCACUCACUCCACUCGUGCUGCCAGGAUUUGGUCUAAAAGCUGUUGAACUGUCCCAGUUUGCUCCUCCCUAAGGCAGGAAGGGGAGAAAGCCUGUAAAAUGUAAUUCAGAUUGUUAACUUCCUAAGUUUUGGGUCGCAUAACCAGCGUUUGAAAACACUGAAUGUUACCUUUGAACACAAUGUAGCAUUCCCCGUUGUAAGGUUAUAGAAACAAAGCCUCGAUAAGACUUGUAGGAAUGUGUAGGUGUUUCCAGCCUGAAGUCAGUGAGGCCACAGGGACUCUGCCCCUGGCCAAGGAGCUGCCUGGCCGUGGCUAUGGUGCCUUUCUCUGUGUUUGGGAAACCAGCAAGGAGGAAAUGCAGGGAGGAGGAUGACACUGAUGCUGACAAGGUUCUGAUGAGAACCUUGUCAUCAAAACUUCAGCCCAGUUUCUGGAAUUUCAGAGUUCUUCACCACUCCACCUGCGCUUGUGUUUCAGCACAGAGCAGAAGACACUGAAGGAAAUCAGUAACUCCAUCACUUUGUCCUACUUCACCUUAUGUUGCUUUAUAUAUAUAUUUGUUUGGGGUUUUUUUUGUUGCUCAGUGUCCCUUUUCUAUUAAACAAACUUUCUCUUAUUAACAUUUAAUCAGAUUUUCCUGUGAAAAUGUUAUGAAUGUUGAUAAGCUCUUGUGUCUUAAUUAAAUUUAUUCUCUCUGUACUUAAUUCAAAAUCCCUGACAUUCUGUGCAUCUUUCCACGGCAGUUUUUUAAUCUCCAGUUUAGUCCUAUCAUUAAAUAUCAAUAUUAAUUUCUACUUUAAUAGCAUAGAGGUUUAAAAGUGAAUCACUUAGAGGUUAUUGCAAUAAAAAAGUGUAUUGAA